UCCAAGGCUCGGGGGAAGGAGAAGGGAUCAGGAGCGGGAGCUGAGGGGAGGGAGAGGCCGGUCCAGGUCUGGCAGCCGCCUCUGCUCGCCGGAGGUCUCCAGGCGGGGCUGCGGCUCAGUCCUCGGCGCCGGGGCACCGUCUGCGAGGCUCCGCCGGGCCAGCGUGGGAGAGCCGCGGGCGGCAGCUGCCGCAUCAUGUCAGCCAAGGACGAGCGUGCCCGGGAGAUCCUGAGGGGCUUCAAACUUGCUAUCGGCCUUGGCUAUCUUGCCUGGAUAUGCAAAUCAGGAAGAGACCAGACACCUGGGCAUGGCACAGUACUGAAAGAAUAGAUCCAGACCAAGAAUACAUUUUAGCUUUGUGCUAGAUCCUUUGUAUUCUUACAGACCCUUUUUCACAUGCUUAAAAUUGGAUGAACCUCCGGGAUGCUGAGACAGGGAAGAUACUCUGGCAAGGAACAGAAGACCUGUCCGUCCCUGGAGUGGAGCAUGAAGCCCGUGUUCCGAAGAAAAUUCUCAAGUGCAAGGCAGUGUCUCGAGAAUUGAACUUCUCUUCUGCAGAACAAAUGGAAAAAUUCCGCCUGGAACAAAAAGUUUACUUCAAAGGGCAAUGCCUAGAAGAAUGGUCCUUCGAGUUUGGCUUUGUGAUCCCGAACUCCACAAACACCUGGCAGUCCCUGAUAGAGGCAGCGCCUGAGUCCCAGAUGAUGACCGCCAGUGUGCUAACUGGGAAUGUUAUCAUAGAGACAAAGUUUUUUGACGACGAUCUUCUCGUAAGCACAUCCAGAGUGAGACUUUUCUACGUUUGAGAGAAGAAUGUAUUGCAUUUUAAGAAUUUGGGUUUUGCGGGGAACAGAGGAAACUGUUUACUUUUUUCCUCCACACAUUUGAUUUUUGACACUUCCACCCCUAAUUCCCUCUACAACAAAACCCACCUGCGGCCACAAGGGGACCAGCUCUGCACUCAAGCUGCCAUCUUCCACUGACCAGGCUAACUCCCCACCUCAGACCAGGGCAGAGGGCAUGCCUCAACUCUUUCCCAGGGUAAACAUGGGACAAACACACACCAGGAGCCAGUGCAGGAGCCAAUGCUGUUCCUGUCAUCCUCCCUGCCUCCUCCUUGGGUCCUACAGGGCACGCAUCUUCUUUUGGCCCCUGGCUUUGGAAAAAUUCAUGUUCUUGACCCAUAUUUAGUCUUUUCCUACCUUUUCUAUUUCAUACAUUCUCAUACAUUUAACUUGUAAAAUAGACUGUGAUAUUAUUAUGUAAUGAAUUGAAAUAUGAAUUAAAAUAUUCCUACAGUCUUUAA